AUGACUGCUUCAGCAGCUGAACCACCAAAGAAGAAGCCAAGAGUGACUGCGGCGCGGAAGUCAGCUGCUGUUGAGCCUGCUAAGACGGCUCCAAAGAAGACUGUAAUCAAGAUUGUCCGAUCCAACUCAUCGAAGAAGACCAUCGCCAAAGCCACGGGAACCACCACAAAACCCAACACUGCGAGCGAUAAGUCUUCAAAGGAUCAGGAGUCUUUGGUCAAGGAAGAAUCAUCCGAUGACGUCCAAAUCAUCAAGAGUCAGCGGUCCGUCAUCGUCAUUGACAGCACUGACGAGAGCUCAAAAUAA